AGGAGGAGGGUUGAGCUCAGUCAGGGCUGAGUGAGUGUUGGGUAUCCCCGCGGUUCCUCUGUUUUUUACGCUGAAUUCACGGAGUUAAUUUGCACCCAGGAGCUGGAGGAAGAGCCGGUGAGACGCGGACGAACAUCACACGGAGCCGCUCCAGGUGUGGCCAUGUGUGACGAGGCGGUGCGGCAGACCCGGAGUCAGAAGCGAGCUCAGGAGCGGGACACGCUGCCUGUAGACUUGGAUGUGAAGAAGAUAAAGCUAGAGGGUGAAGGAGAAAAAGAUGAGCGGCCAGUGCUGCGUCCCAGGCUAGACCCCUCGGUGCGUGGCUCCAGUAUUUUGAGCACCGGCGAGGUGAAGGCCACAAUUAAAGUGGAACUGCAGACCAAAGACGAGCCUGUAGACAUGAGCACCACCAAAAGUGACAUUAAGAAAGAGAAGCAGCUCUCAUCACCGGAUGAUGUCAUUGUUUUGUCCGAUAAUGAGCCGUCCAGUCCACAGAUGAACGGUGGGAGCCACUACAAAGAGCUCGACACUGAUCUGCUCAUGAAGAGCAGUCCUGAAGAGAGGGAACGCAUUAUAAAGCAACUGAAAGAGGAGCUGAGGUUAGAGGAGGCCAAACUGGUCCUGUUAAAGAAACUCAGACAAAGCCAAAUCCAGAAAGAAACCAACAUACAAAAGCCGCUGGGUUCGAGUGCCACGGCUACACCUCCUCCUCUGGUGAGAGGCUCAGCAACCAAAGGAACUCAACCUCAGGUUCUGUCCAGCCGAAGCUCGUCUGUGGUCAUCCCUCCUCCAUUGGUGCGCGGGGGCCAGGUGUCUAAACACGGCUCUCAGAACUCUCACAUCAUCAUGCCACCUCUGGUCAGAGGAGCUCAGUCAAUCUCGGUGACCCCGCAGCAAAUAGUGAACCUGCGACAGCAGCAGCAGUACUCCGUCUCCGGCCCCCCACCACUGCUGCUGGCCCCUAGAAACUCUGUUUCCACUGUGCAUGGCCAGAAAAUCAUCCAACCAGGCCUCAUUCGUGUCGCCAACAUGUCCAAUGCCAACAUGCUUGUCAACGUUAUCCCGUCUAAUACCAAUCUGAAGAUGUUAUCAGGGAGCUCUCAAAGCAGUGCCAACGAGUCUCCUGCCAGUCGGCAGGCGGCGGCUAAGCUGGCACUGCGAAAGCAGCUGGAGAAAACACUGCUGGAAAUCCCACCUCCCAAACCACCUGCUCCCGAAUUCAACUUCCUGCCCUCGGCUGCAAAUAAUGAGUUCAUCUACCUGGUGGGGCUGGAGGAGGUUGUACAGUGUCUGCUGGAUGCCCUGGGACGAGGUAAACAGGGCAGCUCUGCGUCCUCACCUCCCACUGAACCGUUCACCUGCUCUCAGUGCAAGACCGAUUUCACCUGCCGCUGGCGUAAGGAGAAGAGCGGCAGCAUCAUGUGUGAGCAGUGCAUGUCCACCAAUCAGAAGAAGGUGCUGAAGGCCGAACACACCACUCGGCUGAAAGCGGCGUUCGUUAAGGCCCUGCAGCAGGAACAGGAGAUCGAGCAGAGGAUCCUUCAGCAGGCCUCGUCUCCUGUCUCCCACUCAUCGUCUUCAUCAGCCCACGGUGUGAAAGCUGAGCAGCAGAUGAUCGUGUCUCAGCAGAUCAAGCAGCGCUUGUCCUCUUCGCUCCAGCACAGUCGAUCCAGCCAGCCAAUCAGUCGUCAUCAUUCUACCAUUGCACAGAGUUCUGCUCAGUUGUCGCGUAGCAUUCAGCAGUCAGCGGUGGCCCUGCGUGGUGUCUCUCACUCCUUCUCUUCAUCCUCUCAGCUCCAGAACGCCGUAGCCGCUGCAGCGCUGGUCAGCAGGCCAGGUAAGCAUGCUGUGCUACACGGGUCAAAGGUCAGCAACAACAGCAGAGGCAGCAGCAGUGCCGGCAACAGGAACUCUAAGAAAGUGACCUCCUCCACCUGGAGGAAGCAGAACAGCGCAACACCAGGUGUGACGAUGGCUUACGUGAACCCCAGUCUGCCUGUUCAUAAGAGUUCCACCUCAGCAGUAGAGCGUCAGAGAGAGUAUCUCUUAGACAUGAUCCCCUCCAGAUCCAUCUCCCAGACUGCAAACACAUGGAAAUAAAUCACACAACCUGCAUCUGAGCUUUCAUCACCAUCACAAACUUCAGUCCUCCUCUAGAACCUCACCUGGACCCCUGGUGACAAACAGUUCUGGCAAACACAACACAUUCAGGAACAGAUCUAGAGAACAUUAAUGCCGGAUUUUGAGGCCUAGUCUGGGAGUCUUGCUUUUUUUCAAGAAAUCUAAAUAAGCUCACAUUUUUCUGAUUACAGUUAUUUUUCUUAAUUGCUUUGCUUACGAUUUUUACCUUUCUUUAGUUCCUUCAAAAAAACAAGUUUAAUUAUUGUGCUGCGAGUGUGACGUUAAAAAUUAAACAAAGGUUAAAGGGCUUCCAUGUGCUGCAGUUUGAGCACCGACACAUAGAAAAAGACUGUGUAUCUAUGUAUGAAAGAAAUAAUAGGUUACUUGAGACUGUAUAGGUUCAGUUCUUCUGGACAAAACGUUUUCCUUUCAAAAAAAUAACAAAAGUACAAAAAAAUAAAUAAAUAAAUACACCUUUAAAUGCAUAAUGAAAGCCAGCAGUGCUAAAUGAAGAGCCAUUUUGGCUACUUUUUUCUGCUAUUUUGAGUCAUAGUUGAACUGGACUGAUGUUGAAUUAUGUUUGAUAUUGUAUGUUAGAAAUUGUUCAUCCCUUGUACCAGCACUAUUUUUUUUGCCUUCGCUUUAGUUUUGAGUUUGAUCAUACCGUGGUGUACAAUAGCCCUAAUUUGUAUAGACAGAACACAACUGACCCUAAUGCAAUGCUUUAUAUUGACUGGGUCAUUGCAAGGUUAUGCAGGGAACCCUUGCCCCCAAACAGGGCUAAGGCUGUUUUUAUUUCUUAUUAUUUUAGUACAUUUAUUUAUGUGAUACAGUACGACUGUCACAAUUUUAGUUACAACAGUUACCCCAACAGUGGUAUGUUAAAAGACCCAAAGAGAAAAUUUGACCAGUAAAAAAUUAUUUGCCUGAUAGAUCGGCUACUUGUUUGUGCAUUGAAAUUUGAUUCCAGUUAAAAACAGUUUAGGAUAUGUUUAGGAUAUGUUCACCUAAGCAAAAAGUUUAAAUUCAUUCAAAACAACUAAUAAUUAUAUCCUCUUAAAUGUGUGAUUCAAACAAAGAUGACUCAAAGACAAAAGUUUAAACCAUCUUAUCUGUUGAAAGUAAUUCCCUUUGUUCCAUUUCCAUUUGUUGAGACUAGGUUAAUUUAUUAUUUGUUUUUAUAUGCCCCUUAUUUUACGUAACUGUGCACCACCAAUCCAGUUUCUCUUUAUAUGGUUAAGAGAAUUGUCCCACCAUGUCUGACACCAGAUUCGAUUAAUUUCACAGCACCUUUACUACCUGUAACAAAGAGGAGAGGACGGUGCUAUUGUCUCCUCAUCAGCCCAUGUCGUGCUGUUCCAUUUCGUUGGCUUGAUAGCUUUCUGCCUCUGGUUCUACCACACUGUACAGUCAGUUGCUAUUGGUCAGGUUUAAUUUUGUUUUCCAGUUUAAAAAUAAUAAUAAAUAAUAAUAAUUUUACCCUUGA